AACAUCCAAGGGAUUGAAGAUAGUGGUAAGGAAAGUAGUGGGCUUGCUAAUACUCAGCCACAAAAGUCACUUCACCAACAUCAUGGAUGUUCUGCUCAGUCUAUUCUUGGGUUUGGAAGCUGUAGGGACAUAGGUUGCAGUAUGGGUGGAAAUGGCAUUAGAGCUUUGGUUGGAGCUGUUGUGUCUCUGGGUAUUAUUGUGUUUCUUCUUGUCGGUGUCUUAGCAAACUCUGCACCAAGUGUUCCAUCAACAGAAAAGUUCAAGACUUUGCGGUUUAGUGGUAAGGAUGUGAAUCUGUUUCAUGUGAGCAAGCGAAAAGUUCCAAAUGGACCUGAUCCUAUCCACAACAGGAAAGCAGAAACUUCGAGACGACCACCACGAGUAUGAUAUAGCUCCAAUAUACACGACGUGUAUGACACAUAGUGGAUUACGCAACCUCUCAAUUUCAUUUCCACGUCAAGAAGCUACUUCUUUUUGGGGGGAAUUAUAUUUAACUCCAGAUUCAGAUACAUGCUAUGAACUCGUAGCUUGUGAAGCCUUGUUCUGUUUUUGCAAAGGUGAAGUCUCUUCUUGGUCUGUAGCAUCUUGGAAAGUGAAAGUUGCUCUCUUUUCGUUUUGGAACAUUGUGUUUGAAGAUUGAAAACUUUUAGAAUUGAAAGGUGUAGAGAAGAUUUAGGCAGAUAUUAAGACUUUUUUUAAGGGUUUUGUAAUAACAUUAGUAUAACAUUUGUAUUAAAUUAUAGGAUUAUUAUGUCUUUAUCAAACUCUCCUGUUUUCCUCAUAUUUCUUUCUGUCUUUUUGCCUUUUCUUUUUAAAUUUAUGAACUUUAAAGUUUUGCUUUUUGUGUUUCCUCUGCUAAAGCAAACC